AUGGUCACUGCUGGAGAGGCGGACACAGAGGUUAACCACAUAGAUUCCGUCAUUGAGCAACUCAAGGCAAUACAAUCAGAUCUGGUUGGAAUGGAUCAUCAGAUGAACACGAAAUUCCUUGACGAUGUCACUGAUGAGUCAUCAACGAACAAGGGUGCGACAAAAACUUCACCAACGACUUGGGGUGACCACCAAGGAAUAGUUGAUGGACAAACGCUGGACAGAGAAAACAGAAUUGACAUCUUGUUCAGACUCCUGCAUGGUGAUGACAAAGACAAGUAUGUUGUUUGUACACUGGCUGACGCCGCCGAGACGUCUCAGAUUUCCAUAGAAGACAUCAGCACAUCCAAGUAUCAAGACAAACACACCAUCAGACGGCGCUCUAUCGACUGCAGACAAGACGCCCGCUACCGGACAAUGGACGGAAGUUGCAACAAUGCUCGCUGGCCAACCUGGGGAUCAACCAACCAACCAUUCAAGAGAUUUAUUGAUCCUGCAUAUGAUGAUGGCAAGUUCGUUCCCCGAAUGAGAGGCGUUGAUGGUUAUCCCCUUCCCAGUCCACGCGCCAUCAGUGUGGCCGUCCAUCCGGGAGUUGACAGUCCUUCUGACGACCACACGGUGAUGGUGAUGCAGUGGGGGCAGUUUGUUGACCACGAUCUCACCGGAACUCCUCUCCAUGCAGGUGAUGUUCAAUCAAAAUGUUGCGAUGGUCACACACCUGGAGAGAUGCAUUCUGAUGUACGAGCUGGCGGUCCUUGUUUCCCAAUCACCAUGCCAGUAAAUGAAGGACAUUUCCAAAAGAACUGCAUGGAGUUCAAAAGAUCAGCCCCAGCACCUGGAAGGAAUACUCGAGAACAGUUGAACCUACUGACGUCCUUUGUGGACGCCUCUAACGUGUACGGCCUCAGUCAGGAUCAGAUCAAUCACCUCAGGAAUGGACCCUACAUGAAAACCAAGGGCGAUAACCUGUUGCCAGAAUCCAACCAAGGCAACUGUCGAACAAGCAAUACCAACGAAUGGUGUUUUGAAGCUGGUGACGACCGUGUGAACGUGUUCCCUGGUCUGGCCGUGCUACACACCAUGUUUGUCCGCGAACACAAUCGUCUUGUCAAAGAACUUGCUGAUGUCAUGCCAUCGACCACUCCUGAUGAUGUCUUGUUUGAGGAGGCCAGAAAGAUCGUGUCAGCCAUCAUCCAACAAGUCACCUACCGCGAAUGGCUGCCCAUUAUUGUUGGGCCCUUGGCCAUGAGGAAGUACAGACUGACCCCUGGCUUUAGCUUCAGGUACAACUUCACCCAAAACCCCACCAUCUACAACGCUUUCGCCACCGCCGCCUUCAGAUACGGCCACUCCACCAUUCCACGUUUCCUGACCCUCGGAGAUCGACGUGUACCCAUAGAACAGCUCUUCUUCAGACCUUCUGAGGUCAUCAAAGAUCUGGACACCGUGCUGAAGGCUAUCCUCAAGGACAGACAUCAGGAGGUUAACCGAUUCAUCAACAAGGGAUGA